GCCUCAGAACUGAUGUGUCAAAUCUCUCCGUGAUUUCCAAUCCCAACUCUUAGACCGGAUUCCGAAAACUGAUAGGUGACCAGUCUCUGAAGACAAAGCAAACCAGCGGACCAUGCACGCAAUUCCAGAGGAUGAACUCCUCAACUGAAGGAACGUCUUCUUUCAUAAUUAUAUUUUCGUUACAUCGGGGUUCUACAACAAGACCGACAGCACCAGUUCUGACCCGAAAAAUGUCAUCAAAAACUUUCAAGAAGUAUGCUGGUCUCAGCGAAAGACAGCACCUGGAGAUAUCCCCAAUUAAACCCAUGCUUCCGAAUAUCGAGGAUCUCAAUGGCAAAUCUCUUGUCAAAGACAUUCACACGCAUCUGUAUCUUCUCCGACGGUCCUACGAAUAUUUCAUCGACACGGACGAAGAAGAAGAGGUCCUGUCUCCGCACAGCUCGUACUUGGAAUCACCAUGGUUAUUGGUCUGCGAACCUAUUAGUCAUGCAGAGCAGACAAUCAAAGGAGGCUGGACCAAAGUCCGCGACUACAAGGAUUUCAAGUCCUUUCCGCAUUUUUGGAACGAGGAGUUGGCUCGUCAGGUCAACCGUACUGGGGAUCCGAACAAUUUGGUGCCUGCAAAGCCCAAUAAUGCGGCUAGGAUUGGUCUCUUCUGUUCAAAAACAGAAAAUUGGACUGGUAGAGGUCGGGCUUGGUUGGAUGCAGAUUGGCAUGUGUGAAUCGCGAUACUCGCAAAGGUUGCUGACGGUACUGAACUUUGGAUCUUCGACUGCGAGUCGGCUUCUGAUAAUCUCAACGUAGAGGUUGAUAGUCGAAACUUGCGAAACGAUAUGCAACGGAGAUUCAUUGACUACUGCAAACGAGAGCAGAACUUGAACAUUGUGCGAGCAUGGAUAGGGGGCAAUCCUCAUGGAGAUGAUGCAGACGGCAGCACUUGUCUCCGGCGAACAUUAGUCUGGUUGGAGG